UGUGACCAACUUAAAUUGUAAACAAAAUAAACAGCUGGUUGUUACGUCGCUGCACGCAUUUUUAGCUAACAAUAAAACAAGCCGCAAUUAAUUAAUUAAAAUGUUGCCUUUAGCACGCGGAAUUUACAGCACCUUGACACAAAUAACACGCAACAGUCGAGUAUCGCUGCACACAGCCAGUGCGCAGCAUUGUAAAGCUGAGCCGGCAGCCGAAAAUGAAACGCCUGCAGAAGAUGAAGAAGGAGAAAAUGCAAAAGAUUCCGCUUCAGAUCCCAAGGAUCGCAAAACUGUUAUACCAGUGGAGACUUCGAUACGCUAUUUAAAAAGUGCCGCAUACAAAACAACUUAUGGCGAUGAGUUUGUGUGGACACAAUAUCGUCGCAAUCAUAAGGGCAUGUUUGCGCCGCGAAAGACGCGCAAGACCUGCAUUCGCCAGGGAAAGAUCAGCACAGGCAAUCCAUGUCCCAUCUGUCGCGAUGAGUAUCUGGUACUGGACUAUCGUAACACGGAGCUGCUAAAACAGUUUAUUUCACCGUAUAGCGGCCAAGUGCUGAGCUAUUCCAAGACGGGUCUCUGUCAGAAGAGUCAUUUGCGUCUGACGGUCGCUGUGGAGCAAGCACGCGAUUGUGGUCUCAUCACCUACGAUGUGCCUUUCCGGGAGUAUGAUUACAGCGAGUACUAUGGCAAAAAAGAGGAUUCAAAGCAGUAAAUGAUUAAAGUUAAUUUUUUGUUGAAACGCCAA